AACAUUAAAAGAAAAAAAUAUAUACAAAUUAGCAAAUACCGAACAUUAAUUCGGUAAAAUAUAUUUUUUUAUUAAGUUAACCAUUAUAGUAAGGGAAAACAGGCAAAAUGGCAUCAAGUUCACAAUAUAGAAUUAAGAUGGUUAGUAUCCUUAGCGACAAGGAGCUGUUGCGAUAUCAGGAAGUCUUAAAGAAACGCGCAUCGAAAAAGGGUAAAUCAAAAACUCCAUAUCAGUCAGUGGAAUCGAGCCCAAUAGCGGAACAAGAAAUUGUGCCGGAAUCGAGUAUUGAAAAGACGGGAUCACAUAAAGUGUUUAUGUAUUUACAACUUCAAGACAUCAUAAAUGUUCCGUAUGCUGAUAAAAAAAGAUUCUUCAUUAGUUUGCGCCACAAUAAUACAAAUUAUGCCGACGAAAAGGAGUUGGAUGAAAACACUAGAUUAAGCGCCUUCGCCAUACCGAUCGAACAAUACAAUAUGGAUGUAGCUAAUGCGUUUAGUGAUGAGCCGGUCGCUAUUAUUUUAACGGUAGUUUCAGAAGAGGAAAAUGACGCUACCGAAAAAACAAUUGCCCAGGGGCAAAUUGAUUUGAUACAUUUUUUCACAAAUAAGCGCACCGUAGUUAGUACCGAAAUUUUAUUGUACCCAACAUCAUUUGAACAUAUUGAUUUGGAAAUGGGAACUUGUAAAACCGUCUGGCAUGUGUAUUCUCUACUGCCAUUAAUGAGAUAUGAAGAUUUUAAUAACAUGGUCUUCAUAACAAUCGAAUCCAUAUAUAAUGCGAGCUCUGACAUAAUGGAUAUAGCUCAGAGCUUGGGAGUAAGCUUAUCAUUUCGCUCCAAAUUUCCGAAUGAAUUGAACGAAUUCGAUACGACAAAAAUAUGUACCUUUAAUUAUUUGGACAGAGGUCUAAUCAUUGACCAAGAUACCACAUAUCGCUGGGCCAGUAUUUCUAUGGAUGAAUCACACAACUUGGGUCAAUCAACGGAUUGUGGUAUUUCUCUUCAUAAAAUAUUCAGUGAUUUAUUGUGUACAGAGGGUAUAGAUUUCAAUUUUGAUAGUAUAUCUAUGGCUAGAGAAGAAGCAUUAAUUUGUAAUUUGCUACGUCGCUACAUCUUGGAUGAAGUUUUAAAUAAUAUAUUGGAAGCAGUGAUUGUUUACGACGAACAGGAACUUAUAAUAGAGGUGUAUGACCGCGCUAAACCAGACUCUAUUCUCUUAAGGGGCAGUAUAGAUCUAUCAAUAUUUUUAUAUCCAGAUGUAAAUUCCUGUCGUUUCGCCGUACAUUUGGAACCUGUCAAAGUGACGACCUUUUCUAACGACGAAAUUCCUAUAAAUCCCUAUCAUGAGGAGGGCAAAAUCACAUUUGGGAUCGUAAAUAUCUGCAUAUUGCAGCCCAUAACGGAAUGCCAAAUGACACGCGAUAUUUUUAGAAAACACUUAACACCUGAGGAAAUGAAAACUUGUGCACCUAAAACUUCUGCGGCAGAAAUAAUUCCAGAAAAAGUCAAAGUGGACAUUUGCGAAGAGAACUACAAACAUUUUGAUGCGCAGAUGCACACCCUUAUUGAUUACAUAAUAAGAAAGGAGAUACAACAAAUCGAAGAUUCAAAGGGGUUCCUAUGUUGUCAAAAGAAUGAGUUAACUCAAAAAAUUAUGAAAUUGAUUGCUUGCGAUUUCAAUAUUCGUGUGCCAACCAAGAAUAGUACAGAAUUCGCGAAUCUGAUGACGUUCGUCUACAAAAAUUUGGAAAAAAGAUGUUUUGAAAUUUUGCAAAAAACUCAAAAACCCCAAACCCCGCUCGAAGCCGGUCUCCAUAUGCAAAAAAUAGCUUUAUACAUGAGUAUAAUAAAAGUCUUGAAUGAAGUUGGUGCGGAAAAUUUGGCGAAUAUAUAUAAAACAAAGCUGGAAAAACUGGAAACCCCUGAGUUUCACGUAGAAGGCUACAAAUUCUUAUACAACAUGGAGAAGCAGAAUUUCGAGGAAGCUAGGGAACAUCUUCGAAAACCGCUGGAGCAAAGAUUCAGCUUUGGAGACUAUCGUGAUGGUCUCUUUGAUAUUUACAUUUCCUACAUACAAACAUUGCUGACUGAAACUAGCUAUAACGAAGGUCUUCAAUAUUUACUUCGUGCGUUGGAAACCUACUCAAGUCGAUUUCCAAAGGAAUCUUCAACGUGGAUUCUCUUAUACUGUAUAUACAGCGAAUGUGGCUAUGUGCCAGGCAUGAGUUAUACUCGCUGGAAAUUUGAGAAUUUGAAAAAAGAGUUUACCAGAAAUACUCAAUUGCCGUUAACCCUUUGGGAUCUCUAUUGCAAGCAAAGUCUUGAGUUUACAUCUAAAAGAACAACGGAAUUUUACAAAGUCGUUCAAGAAUUCUUAGAACUAGGAUUGUAUAAGUUUGCACAAAUAAUUUUUGGACAAAUUUUAAUUGAAUGCACGGAAGCGGAGAAGUAUUUCGUUACGAUCACUUUACAAAUUCUACUUCGAGAAAUAACGGACACACAUUCAAUGCGAACAUUUCAAGGGUUCCAAACGACAAUUUUCCAAUCACAUAUCAAUGGACAUUUGCAUUAUUAUCUAGGCGACAAAUCUGCUGCCAAAGACUGUUACGCUGUAAUUCUGCAUAACACUGAAAACCUGGAGGAUAUCGGAGUUUUCCAAAUGAGCAUUUUGCGUUAUGCCAACUAUUUACUUGAACGUGGCAAAUAUGAGAAAGCAAUCAGCGCAUAUGGGCAAUGCACGAGAAUCAGUAGUUGCCGCGUGAAGGCGUUUUAUGAACUUGGAAGGGCCUAUUAUCGAUUAGGAAAAUAUCAAGCGGCGGAGGAAAAGUUUUCGUCUUGUACAAAUUUUGGCAUACAUUUACCAGAUGUUUGGGGCUACUUGGCAUUGGCUAAUCUCAAGAUGAAUAAUACAUUUAAGGCUCUUGAAUCCUGGAAAUACGCCAAAAUCAACCCGAAUAAUGUGAUAAGUGAAGAAAUUUAUAGUGAAUUGAAAAAAAUUGAUUUGAAUGAAGUAACAUUAAUUGUUGAUGCUCCUGAUGCUGCAGCCAAUAAAAAUUGCUAUAAAAAUCCUUGAAAAAUAUAAAUACACAUCUUAAAUUCGCCGUUUGAGGAUUUGCACAUCUUGUAUAUUUAAUGUAUGUAAUAUAUUUUAGAUGCAUAAUGUACAUAUGUAUAAACUUAUACUAACAUUAUAAAAAGACAUUUG